CGCGCAUAUACAUAAAGCCUUCCGUGGUUGAUAGACACAUUGACAACGCAAUAACCGCGAGUGCCGGUCUCGACAUGCUGGGACUAAACACGUUUCGCUCUACUGUCCUCCUGCUGGUCGGGAUUGUAGCAUAUUUGUAUCUUUCCCCAGAUACCAGUAUUCUCAGACAGCGAGCAGUGCGUGCACCGCUCCCUUCGACCGACCGGGUUAUCUUUCCGGCAUUGGCAGAACAACUUGCCCGUGGGGGAACAUAUGAUAUCCAAUUUCAGUGCGGCGUUGAGCUUGCGUAUGUGAAUAUCGACCUGUAUGUGGUCCAGGGUGAGACAACCUAUGUGACUUAUCUGGCUACAAACGUCACCGCCCCCGCGGCGGGUAUAGGCAGUAUUCCUAUCAAAAUUGGAGACAAUAUGAGAACAGGAUCCAGUUUUGUUCUGAAAGUAUGGGGACCGCGAAAAGACGGAAAUGGCACAUAUGAAGUUCCCAACAGCGAUCAUUUCGCCAUCAUUGACCCUUCCGCUGGGGAAUGGAACAAUCCUGGACUCUCGUUGAAGGGCGGUACCCAAUUCUUUACAGGGCGCCAAGCGACGCUCAACUAUACUUUGGGCUCCGCCUUUGAUGGUGUCAAGAGCAUUCGGAUCGAUCUACUUUCAGCCGAGUGGAAAGACAUAUAUACCAUUGCUGACGGCAUACCAGCCUCCGGCCAUGCUGAUACAUACACGUUGGUCUGGCAUAUUCCAGCCUCUUUGCGCUUAUCCCAGUUCUAUCAUCUGCGCAUCACUGCCUCGGCUGCUACUUUGGUGAAGAAGAAUGCCGUUAAUGCUCCAGUUGAUGAUAACGGUGCCAUGCUCAGUUCCCCCGAAUUUGCCAUUUUCCCGCACACCGCCGUCAUGCAUCCGGCUAUGACCAUCAAUGCUCCUACGAAGUGGGUCACCAAUAGUACCGUUGUUAUUACGUGGGCAUUUCAACCAUCUCCGCUUGCGAACGUUGGCCAGUGGAAUAUUGAGCUAUACAACACCGCUUUAGGCACUGGACGGUCCCUGGGUGUUUGUCUUGGGAUAUUACCCAACCAAGGAUAUGGCGGCCAAUUUAGCUAUGUGGUUCCUCAGGAUCUACCUAGCGGAAUCUAUUUCCUACGCUUGUGGGGAUGGGGAACUACUCAACAGGCGUCUGACAACGUCGAUCCCGUCAGUGGAACCAGCGCCCUUAUAUACGUUACAGAUCAGGCUACUGCGUCAGCAUAUACGCUCUCGGUCAAUGCACCUGCGCAAUGGCCACAAACUAAAAACGUCUCUAUCUCGUGGAAUUAUAAGUCUGACCUGCUGAACGUCAGUGGGUGGAAUAUUGACUUGUUCAGAGAUAGUGUGGUGUACAAGCUGUACAAAGGGCUGACUACAAGUAGUUUACCUGCUAAUGCCACGAACUAUGGCUUGGUGGUCCCGAGCGACUGGCUUCUCGGUCAUGAUUAUGUUGUCCGCGUGUAUGGGUUGGUGCAAACGGGAAACCAAACUCAGGAGAUUGGGGCAUUUAGUGCCAUAUUUUCCGUUGUCGAACCAAACGGUAGUCAGACUACAACACGCAAAGGCAUUCCUGCCGGUCCCACCGCUAGUUCAGGGAUGCUGGCAAAUGCUGGAGGUCGGACAGUGGAUGUGGAUAAGAAUAUGGCGCUCACCACUGCCGCAGCUUUGGUUGGUAUGGGUCUUGUGGUGGUAUUGGCGUUGUAAAUCUGACCCAGAGAGAGACUGAGGGAAUAUAAACAUAGGAUUACAUAUAAUGUUAAUGUCUGUUAAUUCUCGUUCUGGUCAUCAAGACCGCCCUAUAUAUACCAG